GAGCCCGUCUAGUCGCACAUAUAGAAAAUAUGUAAAAAGGCGCUCCCAUGCUGAUUGUACCAUGAAUCGAUAUAUAACACUGUCCCAACUGGGCGAUGGAACCUAUGGCACCGUUGUGCUGGGCCAGCGUAAGGACACCGGCGAGAAGGUGGCCAUAAAACGCAUGAAGCGCAAAUAUUAUUCUUGGGAGGAGGCUAUGAAUUUGCGCGAAGUGAAGUCUCUGAAGAAAUUGUCGCAUCCGAAUAUCGUCAAGCUGAAGGAAGUGAUCAGGGAGAACGACACCUUGUAUUUUGUGUUUGAGUACAUGAAGGAGAAUCUAUAUCAAAUGAUCAAGGAUCGUGACACGCAUUUACCGGAACCGGAGCUCAAGAGUAUACUGUUUCAGGUCCUGACGGGGCUGGCCUUUAUGCAUCGGCAUGGUUUCUUUCAUCGCGAUCUCAAGCCCGAGAAUCUGUUAUGCUCGGGUCCGGAGCUGAUCAAAAUAGCGGACUUUGGGCUGGCGCGCGAAAUACGUUCCCGACCGCCGUUCACGGACUAUGUGUCCACGCGCUGGUACCGUGCGCCCGAGGUGCUGCUGCACUCGACCAACUAUGGCAGCACCAUCGAUCUCUGGGCCAUGGGCUGCAUCAUGGCCGAGCUGUACACGUUCCGGCCGCUAUUUCCCGGCAGCAGCGAGGUGGAUCAGCUCUUUAAGAUAUGCUCCGUGCUGGGCACGCCCGGCAAGAGCGACUGGCCGGAUGGCUAUCGACUGGCGGCCAUGAUACAUUUUCGUUAUCCCGAUUGCAUUAAGGUGCCACUGGGCAGCGUGGUCAGCCGCUGCAGCCAAAAUGGCUUGGAUUUGCUGGAGGAUUUGCUGGCCUACGAUCCCGAGAAACGGCCAACGGCUCAGCAGAGCCUCAAAUAUCCAUAUUUCCAUGCGCUCAAGCGCAUCUCGCCCACGGCGGCUGCCAAGGCCAAUGUGAGGCUCAGCUCCAAAUAUGCUGUCCUACCUCCCACUGUGUCAAAUAAUGUGCUUCCCGUGCAGGAGAAGCUGCAGGCCGUGACUGAGCUCAUACAUCAGAGCAACAACAACAACAACAACAACAACAAUAACAACAUGAAGAGCAAUGGCAAGAUCCUGUUCAAUGGACAAGUCAGCAAAAAUGUGAGCAUGCCCCAUAAUUAUCAGCCCAAGCAGAGUUACCUCUCCAACAAUGACUUGUCCGGAGUCGGAGUGGGCGUGCUCCCAUCCACAGACGCAGCCAGUCUGGGCUUGGGCAUGGUCCAGCAGCCGCAGCCGCCGCCGCCGCCGCCGGGCAAAGAGUCCAUCAAUGAUAUUUAUCUGAAUCGCAACAUUUCGCAGCUGUUUGGUCUGCCAGCUCCACCUGGAGCUCAACCUCAGCAUCAUCAUCCCAAUGUAUCCUUCAGCAACACGUCGACGCGCAAUGGCGGCGCCAUCUAUGUAAAUGGCAGCCAGCUGAGCUACGAGACGGUCAACAAGAAUGCCAAAAAUAACAGCCGUUUGGCACCUGGCAUGGGCGGCUACUAUGUGCAGACGCGGCCCGCUGCCCAGCUGCAGCCCGAGGCCAAGGUGUACAACAUGUUCUCCAAGGUGAGCGCCAUACCGGCGCCAUCAAGCAUCAUUGUGCGCCAGCAUCCGCCACAGCAUCCCUUCGAGCCGACGUCCUUGCUCAAUGGCGCUGCCAUCCGGCUAUCGGCGCGCUCCCAGGCAGCGCCAACGGAGCCAAGGCUGAAAGCUGACGAUCUGGAUCUGAUACUAGGCUCGAAACUGAAAACGUCGGCGAAACGUCAGCGCAACGCCAAAUCGAACAUCCUGCUGGAGGAUCUGUUCGGACACCUGUCCAUGGACUCGGACAGCGAUGGCAAGUAUCCGCACACAGUGCCGCCCACACAGCAGGCGAAAAGUGGCCAAACGACGACCAGCUCCCAGAAUGGACGCGACUAUUUCAGCGAGAAUUUCAAGCGUGCCGCCAAAAAGCGAACUCCCAGCAGCCUGGAGGCGAACAAUGGCAGCCGCACCGAUUCCCUGUCCACGAAUCCAGCACAAAAAAUACUCAAGGAAAAGGCUGCUACGUUUCCCUGGGAUGAGACAAACAAAACGGAAGACGAGAAACUAACUGCCUGGAUGGUCGCCGAGAAUGGAUCUUUGUUGGAGAACAAGUUUUGAUACGGAUGAACUGUUCGUGGAACUGAGCAGACGAGUACUCGUUUAUGUUGUCGUACCUGAUACUCCGGAACCUUCGUUUCCUGUUAAAUCUACCCAAUUAAUGGCAGCGCGCGCCCUUCUAUGUUUGCUCCAAAUUCAUCGUGUACAUUUACGCAACGUCUUAACUAAACUAGAUGUGUUUAUAAAAUCCAUUAAUUUUAAUGCUGUGAUAAUGAUAAA